UACACUGUAUUGGCAAAAGUAUUGGGCCAGCCCUCCAAAUCAUUGGAUUCAGGUGUUUAAUCAUCUCCAUGGCCACAGGUGUAUAAAAUCAAGCCCCUAGGCAUGCAGACUGCUUCUACAAACAUUUGUGAAAGAAUGGGUCGCUCUCAAGAACUCAGUGAAUUCAAGCGUGGUACCGUGAUAGCUUGGUACCGUGAUAGGUUGCCACCUGUGCAAUAAGUCCAUGCAUGAAAUUUCCUUGCUACUAAAUAUUCCACAGUCAACUGUUAGUGGUAUUAUAACAAAGUGGAAGCAACUGGGAACAACAGCAACUCAGCCACAAAGUGGUAGGCCAUGUAAAAUGACAGAGCACGGUCAGAGUAUGCCAAAGCGCACAUUGCACAGAAGUUGCCUACUGUCUGCAGAGUCAAUAGCUAAAGACCUCCAAACUUCAUGUGGCUUUCAGAUUAGCACAACAACAGUGUGUAUAGAGCUUCAUGGAAUGGGUUUUCAUGGCCAAGCAGCUGCAUCCAAGCCUUACAUCACCAAGUGCAAUGCAAAGCAUUGGAUGCAGUGGUGUAAAGCAUGCCGCCAGUGGAUUCUAGAGCAGUGGAGAUGUGUUCUCUGGAGUGACCAAUCAUGGUUCUCUGCCUGUCAAUCCGUGGACGUGCCUGUGUUUGGCGGUUGCCAGGAGAAUGGUACUUGCCUGACUGCAUUGUGCAAGUGUAAA